GCAAAGGGCGCCAUAUUUGUUACGCACAAUAGAGAUUGAAACAUGGCUGCAACAGCCAGAUCAGACGCGCAAAUGAGACAGAAAUGUAAAAAAAUGCUGGGUUCUAAAGGUUCUCAAGAUCCGAUUGAACGUUUGAGACUACAAUGCCUAAGUCGAGGUUCAGCGGGCAUUAAAGGAAUUGGAAGAGUUUUCAGAAUUAUGGAUGAUGACAGAAAUAGGUCUUUAGACUUCUCUGAAUUCAAGAAGGGUAUGCGUGAAUACGGCCUCUAUUUGGAUCCUAAGGAAUUACAGGAGUUAUUUAGUGCCUUUGACAAGGAUGGCAGUGGUGUUAUUGACUUUGAUGAGUUUCUCCUAGCUCUCAGACCACCAAUGAGCAAAGCCAGGAAAGAUAUCAUUAAUGAAGCAUUUAAUAAACUGGAUAAGACAGGAGACAGUGUUAUCACAAUAGAUGAUCUCAGAGGAGUUUAUAAUGUGAAGAUGCACCCUAAAUACCAGAAUGGAGAAAUGACAGAGGAGCAGAUUUUUAAAAAAUUUUUAAAUACAUUUGAAGUGGGCAGCAAUGAAGUGGAUGGAACGAUUACUCGUGACGAAUUCAUGAACUACUACGCUGGUGUCAGUGCCUCGAUAGACAACGAUGCCUACUUCAUCCUCAUGAUGAAAAAUGCUUACAAAAUCUAAAGAAAUUCCUCAUUUCUGUCAUAAAUUGAUAUAAGACACACCUUGCACAGCAUUCUUUAGAACUAUUACUGUUCUGUAGCAUACUGUUCAGUGCUAGCUGGAGGUCAAGAGAAAGUUGUUCAGGACAAUUUAUGUGACAGCUCUUAAAAUAAUUGCAUCCUUUGGGCCAGUGGACCAUUUCUUGUACAUAGUAGAAUGGAAGCAUUUGAUGCUUGUAGAAACAUUUACCGGUAAUCAAAUAUUAAAUGAUACUUUUAUUAUUUCAACCAAGGAUUAAUUCUGAAGUUUUUCUGAUGCCAAGUUUUUUAUUUUUUUGACUCCAUGGUUUUUAACAAAGUUAAAUUCAGAUGUGUUGUAGGUUAAAAGAAAAAGAUGCCAACUGGAAUUCUACUAAAUGUACUUAUUUCAAUGUUCAACAACAGUUCCUUAAACCAUGUAAAUUCUUGAAAAAUUCCAUAGUCGACCACAUUCCUGAGUUUAGAGUUUUAAAAUACAAUAAA